AUGGCAGGGCCUGUCCCCACACUGGGGCUCCUGGCUGCCCUUGUUGUGUGUGGCAGCUGGGGCCUAAAUGAGGAGCAAAGGCUGAUCCAGUACCUGUUCAAAGAAAAGGGCUACAACAAAGAACUUCGGCCGGUGGCUCGAAAGGAGGACAAAGUGGAUGUGGCAAUGAGUCUCACCCUCUCCAACCUCAUCUCCCUGAAAGAAGUGGAGGAGACCCUCACCACCAACGUGUGGAUAGAUCAUGCCUGGAUAGACAGCCGGCUCCAAUGGGAUGCCAACGACUUUGGGAACAUUACUGUCCUGCGCCUGCCCUCCGACAUGGUGUGGCUACCAGAGAUCGUACUGGAGAACAACAAUGAUGGCGCCUUCCAGAUUUCCUACUCCUGCAAUGUGCUUGUUUAUGCCUCGGGCGACGUGACCUGGCUGCCACCAGCCAUCUUCCGCUCCUCCUGCCCCAUCUCUGUCACCUACUUCCCUUUCGAUUGGCAGAACUGCUCCCUCAAAUUCAGUUCCCUCAAGUAUACAGCCAAGGAGAUCACGCUUAACCUGAUGAAGGAGUCAGAAGACGGCCGCAGCUACCCUAUCGAGUGGAUUAUCAUUGACCCCGAGGGCUUCACAGAGAACGGUGAAUGGGAGAUAGUACACCGGGCAGCCAAGGUCAAUGUGGACCCUAGUGUCCCGAUAGACAGCAUCAACCAUCAAGACAUCACCUUCUACCUCAUCAUCCGCCGCAAGCCGCUCUUCUACAUCAUCAACAUCCUGGUACCCUGCGUGCUCAUCUCCUUCAUGAUCAACCUGGUCUUCUACCUGCCAGGCGACUGUGGAGAGAAGACAUCCGUGGCCAUCUCAGUGCUCCUGGCCCAGUCUGUCUUCCUGUUGCUUAUCUCCAAGAGGCUGCCUGCCACAUCUAUGGCCAUCCCCUUGGUAGGCAAGUUCCUGCUCUUUGGCAUGGUGCUGGUCACCAUGGUUGUGGUGAUCUGUGUCAUCGUACUCAACAUCCAUUUCCGAACACCCAGCACCCACGUGCUGUCUGAGGGAGUCAAGAAGUUCUUCCUGGAGACCCUGCCCAAGCUCCUGCACAUGUCCCGCCCAGCAGAGGAAGACCCCGGCCCCGGGGCUCUCACCCGGAGGAGCAGCUCCCUAGGGUACAUCUCCAAGGCAGAGGAGUAUUUUUCACUUAAGUCCCGCAGUGACCUCAUGUUUGAAAAGCAGUCAGAGCGGCACGGGCUGGCCCGGCGUCUCACCACAGCCCGCAGGCCCCCAGCAAGUUCCGAGCAGGUCCAACAGGAACUUUUCAAUGAGCUGAAGCCAGCUGUAGAUGGGGCGAACUUCAUCGUCAACCAUAUGAGGGACCAGAACAAUUACAAUGAGGAGAAGGACAACUGGAACCAAGUGGCCCGCACGGUGGACCGUCUCUGCCUGUUUGUGGUGACACCAGUCAUGGUGGUGGGCACAGCCUGGAUCUUCCUGCAGGGUGUCUACAAUCAGCCACCGCCCCAGCCUUUCCCCGGGGACCCCUUCUCCUAUGACGAGCAGGACAAGCGCUUCGUCUAGAGCAGGCCUGAGUGGACAGACAGGCAGACAGCAGUCUGAGAACAGCAAUUAGUUCCUGCCCUUGAGCUUGGGCCUACCUUGUGCUGAUGAGGUCACGGUAGGAAGAGGCCACCUCCCAGGAGCAAUUCCUUUCUAAAUAAAGGAGGGAGACACUUGAGAUGGGCUGAGAGUGGACAUGGUGAGAAGGAGGCCCAGGGAUGUGGCAAGAGACAAGGGCUCUUGCUCAGGGGCCAGUGAAGUUACACUGGGACUAGCUUCCAGAGAAGAGCACUGUGAGGGGGGUCCUUCUGCCAGAGCUGCUUCUCUGUCUCACUCCUGUCCAGUCAUGUCAGAGUCUGAACCUCCUGUUUUCGUGCCUUCCUUCCUCCACUCUCACCUCACACUCAGGAUCCUUGUGCUUACCUGGGGCCCAUGAUGGUGAGCCUCCUCUCCAUUCCCCAGGAGAAGGAGGUUUUCUAUGGUGCUGGACUGCCAAGAUUGCCAUCUGUCAGCUCCUGAUCCCCUGGCCAUUCUGUCUGGGUCCUUCUGAGAAGCUGGAGACUGGUGUGGGAGGAUCAUGCAGGUCCUCAGUUAAAGCCCCAUCAGCAUGAGUCAUACCAGGACCCAGCCCGGCUAAGGUACCCCAACACCAAGUCCCUUUCUCCUUGUCCCCAGGCUCCCUAAACCAAGGCUGUCUUGCAAUAUUUAAGCAUGAUUGCAAUAAAGAAUUAUCCGUUGUUUACCUGAAGUUCAAAUUUAAAUGUGUAUCCACUUUUCUUAUUGACUACAGCUGUCAAUCCUAAAGGAAGGGGCAUUCAGACCUAUCCCAGGUCCUGUCAGUAGCAGGGACAAGGAGAUGAGGCCUGGUGUAGCCUGUCAGGCCCACCUCUAAGUUCACACCUGAGGCAGCCCCUGCACUGUGCACCUGCAAGUUCAGAGUAAGAAGUAGAAGGAGGUAGAAAUGAUGCUAUGGUCCUUCAAAGAACAGCUUCUACGAUGGUGCUGCUCCUUCUGGGUGAUGGUGGCACAUGCCUUUAAUCCCGGUAUUUUGGAAGUGGAGGCAGGUAGAUCUCUGUAAGUUUGAUACCAGCCUGGGCUCUCUCUCUCUCUCUCUC